UCCACUGACAAAAAAUCCUGAUAGCAGCAAAAAAAAAAAAACACAUUUGUGUGGUGGAAUAGCCCUCAACAAAUUUAAAGAAAGGUCGUACGAUCAUAGCCACAAGAAUGUCGCGGGUCAGCGAGCAUUUGCAGAGGCAUAACAAUCACGAGGAUGUUCGGUAAUGUGGAGACAUGCCCUGCUGGUAGCCUGUGGCAUUCCAAACCUGGUCACCCUCUUUUGUGGAAAACACAUGAUUUGAAACUUUGUUGUUGUUCACUGACACAGAUUACGACUGUUCUCCUCCUGAGUACUUUAGAAUCUACGAAAAAAUCUCUGCGAAAUAGUAUUUUUCAAUGGCAUUAACACAAUGACUAUGUCAAAAUUCCUGCUUAAGGCAAGAAGGUGAUAUUUUUAGUAAAAGUUCGCAGCAGGCCCUUUAAGAAUGUGUAGCCUGGAGUGAGAGACGUGGCCUGGGGGUGAUCCACAUGGUUAGCAUGCCGAUGUGUGCUGCUGGUAUUGUCAGGAUGCAAAUGAAGUGGUUCUUCCACCUGUGAACUGCCACGCAAGAAGGUGUUACUGCUCGCCUAAAGUGCCAAGCAGACGAGAGGGGGUAUCGGAUUCUUCAUUUCAAAAAGUUGUUCAUACGCUGUGGGACAACAUUUUGCGUGCGUCUAUUCUCAAAUGGGCCUUGAAAUUCAGAACUGUUGAAAAGGAGCCAUGAUGUGGGGAAAUGACGACCAGAUCAUCAUUGAGCAACAGAGAAAUGGAAAUGGGAUACAAUCCACAGUCCAGGGCUGGAUGAAUGGUGGUCUGCCCGAUGGCAAGGAGAAGUACACCAAGGAUGGCAAGAGGAUCGUGGCAGAAGAGGAGUGGUUUUAUGAGAAUGGAAAAUGGGCGCACAUCUGGAUAUAUGAAGACCAGGUGCUUGAAGUGGAAGAUGCCAGAUCCAGGCUGGACUUUGAAGCAGCUGCCAGGGAAUUGAAGAAAACAACACAGGUUAUAGAGGAGACAGUGGUGGAGGAAAAGGAAGUUGAGGAGGAGAUCAAGGGCCCAGGUAUGCGGAUCAUCAUCAAAGGACCGUUCCGACUGCAGCGAGCACCGCCGAAGCCAGGAAUCAAAUGGAAGAAGAAAGUAGAAGAGGUACUGGGCGAGGAGCCCAUGGUGUGGAAGGCAUUGGUAGCAGGAGCGCUAAAGCAUGGGACAGAGAAUGAUUUGGGGGAUUGUAGCUUGGCAGUGCUUGAACCAGCGGUGGUAGAUGCUUUAGUAUAUGGUAGUGACUCAGAGUCUGCAAUACCUGUGGUGUUGGAGCAAGUGGAGUCUGGUAGUGGUGAUGAUGUAGAUGAAGCAAUGGUGUCAGCGGGGCCAAAGGAGGAUUUCGUGCUGCCAGUGACUGAGGGAAAAGGCAAUAUAUACCUACCAACAUUGCUGGAGAAAGUUAGGGGCAAUGGCCAUGGCGGUGGCCAGGAGCUUGCAGAGGUCAAAAAGGAACUAAGGGUCAUAGAGGCGCUGGAAGAGUCAGACUCGGGCAUUGAGAACACGCCUACACACGAGAUCAGGAAACUCAAGCAGAUCCAGUACGGAAUCGGUUACGAGGAAAAGCAACUGGGGGAUAUGAAAAUUGCUACAGCGCAAUUUCAGCAGGCCAACGUGGUUUCUCAAGCCUCAGAGAAGUUCUCCAGACCUGCGGUACAACAAGUAAAGACAGAAGAUGCAGUAUACAACCAGGGCACGGAGCAGACACUGAAACUAGAAUUAGAAAGUACACGUACAACCGUGGUCACCCCUUCUGUCAGCUUUGACCGCCCAAAGUACAGCAAUGUCACACAGCAGCUCCUUCAACCAAAGACUACGACUGCAAAGAGCCAAGAUGCUGAGUACCACAGGGGGGUUGCUGGAAGUGUAUCCCCACCACAAGAAGAGAAGAUUACAGGUGACAUAGAGAGCUUCGAGUAUCAGAAGGUGAAUUAUGAGUACGUAGACGUCACCAAAAACAGGGCACAGGAAUCAAUAACAAGAAGCCUGGACCCCAACUACAACAACGCAGUGGAGGAGGUGAUAAAGAUACCGUUAGGAGAACUACAAGGAGUGGUACCAGGCCUUGUGUAUGUAAAACCCUGCUACGAAAUCCUAAAGCAGGAGCAGAACAAGGCGUUUGUGAGUCAAGUAAUCAGCGAAUCUCCCGUGUUCAUGGAAGCUGGCCAAGGGCAGACAAAGAUACGUCCAGUAGGCAACGUCGCUGAAAUAGCCCCAAUUAAAUGGCACCAAGCAACAGUGGCAAAAACUGGCGAAACGCUGUCAACGGCAAAAUCUUCCGUUGUCAAAACCGAAAUGGAGUAUAACAAAGGGAAACAGGAGGAGACGUUUGUUACGGCGGAAGAAGUAAAAGAUAACAUUGAAAAAUUGACGUACUCGAAAGCUGCUGUGGAAGAAACAAAAAAGCUACCUUCUGUGAAGCCGGAAGUGUUUCAAGCAAAGAUACAGCGUGGAAAAUACUUGGAAGCCGAAGAGGCAAGAAAGGAAUUGAAGCUGGAAGAGGCUAAAGAGAACAUUGAAAAGUUCACUUAUACAAAAGCUACCAUCAAACAAACAGAAAAGCAGAGAUCACUUAAGCCGGAAGUGUUUCAGCAGGCAAGUCAGGAGCCACAAUUCAGUCAAGCCAAGGAGACGAAACGAGAGUUGAAACUGAAGACCACCCUUGAAGAAAUACCAGCGUUUAAGUAUCAAAAUUCCCCCAUAACAAAAAUUACCAAAGUGCCAUUCCAUAUGGUGGUGAAGAGCACUGUGGAUGUUUGUGUACCUUUAUAUCGAGGAGAAGAAGGAAGUGUCACCGUGGAACCCGAAGAAGUUGACGCAGAGUUGAAGCCUCUAGACUUCAAGAAGACAACCUUUGAACCGAUCAAGCAAGUGGUCUGGAAACAUAACACAGAUGAGGUGUCGUCCUACGAUGCGAAAUACCUCAGUGGCGAAGAAAACAAAAUCACCCUCGAAGAAGAAGAACUUGGUACAGCAAUCGAGCCAUACAAAAUUGAAUCCUGCACCUUCUCAACAGUGUCUCAGGAGGUGAACAAGGCCAAUUCAGAGGAAGUUAAGGCUUCAGCUCCUAAUUACCUUCAGGGUACGGAAGAUGAGGUCGUGGUGGAGGCAGAGCAAACUAGGAAAGGUGAGCCACCUAUUCCAUGGGAAAAGGCCGCAGUUGAGAACAUAGAUGUGGUGCUUUCGUCUGUCAACUCAGAGAUAACAGAAACACAAGAAUCAGCGUAUCUCGAAGCUGAAGAGGCCGAGGAGCAUGUCACUGCUGAAGAAGCAGGCACUUUUGAAGGUUUCGACAUUCAAACGCCAACAUACGAAAUCAUAGAAGGUCUGGAAGGCAAGGUGGAGAACGUGGCUCUACAGAAGACAGAAGCACCACAGUACAAUCAAGGAAUUGAGAACGAACUGGAAAAACUGGAACUGGAGAAAGCUCGUAGAAUCCAGCCCCCAAUCAUCGAACGGGCGGUGGUCGAUGUAAUAGAGAUAGACAAAGCUGCCCACGUGUAUGUCAAUCAGCAGCAAGUUGUACAGGUUCCCCUGUCGAUACAUACUGCUGUAGAGGGGGAUCUGCCUGAAUGGGAAGUAGCUGAAGAAGUCGAGUUCGAAGAGUUGAAGCCAAUGAAAGCGACGCCAAAGAUGGCACUGGGGCAGUUAUACAUGGCAAAAGGACAACAGCCAAAGGUGGGGUUUGCAGAGGAACCAUCUCCCGUCAUAUCGGAUGAGGUUCACCUAAUUCAGAGACCUGUGUCCCCACCUCCAAGAGGAAACUUCAAAGUCAAGGAAAAGUCGGUAGAGCUGGAGUUGGGAGAAACAGAGGAAAUCCCACAGGUAGUGCAGAAGUCGGCAAAGGUGAGCUUAGUCCCGAAAGACGACGAGAAUAAGGCCGACAGCCACGAGUUACAGACCCUUUACAUGGACGUCAAAUUUGCUGACGAAAACCAGAACUAUCUCGAGCUCGGAGAGGCCACGAAUCUAGAGGCAACAUACGUCAUGGAAAAUGCUGACAUAAGUCUAGCGGACAUGGACGCGUUCGGAAAGGUAGAAGUGGCGGUUCAGCAAAUGAAGAAGCUGGAUCUCCCCAAGCUUGAAUUCCAUGAAGAGCAGGAACAGAUCACGGUGGCGGACGUUAACCUUUCGCCUGUUGUGAUUUCUCCAAAAUCAAAACAGUUACAUGCUGAGUACCACGUAGAGGAGACAGAAAAUUAUCCCGACUAUUCAUUGUCCCUACAAGCAGUCCCGCGAUCUCUACUCAAGGAAGCACACGAAGAUACCAUCCAGGUUCGUUCCGACAAUGUGCUUGAGGUGCCGGAAAUAAGGUACAAUGAUUCCAAGGAAGUUACCGUACCUGAGACGGAAGCCCAUGUUGCAGAAAAGACAACUGUUGACACCUUCAAAGCACCGAAAAUUUACCGUGGGGAAGAGCAAGAGGAAAUGUCAGCCCGAGGAGUAGAACCACUUGCUGAUGUGACAAACACUACCUUAAAGCCCAGCGAGAUUGCCAUAUUAGAUCUGUGGAAGGCACUUGUCCAAGAAUCUAAGACAGAGCUACAUACCUUGGAAGCAAAGGAAACAAACAUCAACAUGAUUGGGUUGGAGGUGAUCUCCGAUAUCACUCCGCUGUCACCGGAUAUUGCGAAGGAAUUUGAUUUACCAGGUGAGUCCUACCUGCAUGUUGAGCAGGCUAAAAAGGAAACGUCAGUAUACGUUCCCCCACCAGAGCUGAAGAAUUCUCAAGAGGCUGUUCUUUUGCUAAAAGAACAUGAAAUCAUCGACGUACCCCACAAGAAGGAGGAAGAAGGGAAGGCCAAAGUUCUUGCCGUACCAACGCAACGCCUUGAAAAUGUCCAGUCCACAAAGCCAGAGAUUAUGCCAGCACAGAACUUCGCAGAGGAGCAUAUCAUCGACACGAGGCAGGAGUACAUCUACAUCAUUCCGCCCUCUGGUGGUCAGGAUGCACAGGUCUCAACACUUCCAAGACUUGACAUGGAUAAAGCACGUGCGCAGCACUACAGAAUGCAGCAAUUCCCCGAGGAGCACACAAUCGACCUGAAAGAGGAGGUCAUCCUUACAAUCGAUGAUCCAUCUUCUCCGAACACAGCAAGCUCCUCCAUGUUACCACAGCAGCAGAUGGACCGUGCGAACGCACAGCGCUACAGGAUACAGCAACUAGCCACCGAACAGGUCAUCGACAUCAAAGAGCAAAAGGUCAUCGUAAUUGAACCCCCGGAGCCAACGACAGCAGGCGAAUCCUCUCUUCCACACCUAGAAAUGGACCGUGCCCGCGCAGAGCGAUACAGCAUCCAGCAGUUAGCUCAAGAAGGAGUGGAAGAUCUGGAGGAGCAAAAGGUUGACACUAUCCAUCCCCACUCAUCGGAUGCAGCCAGAGAAUCCACACUGCCACACUUGGAAUUGGAUCGCGCUCGUGCGGAGCGAUACAGAACUCAUCAGAUGGCUGAAGAGGGGUCAGAACGAUACAGAACUCAACAAAUGGCUGAAGAGGGGUCAGUCGAUAUAAUAGAGCUCAAAGUUGACACAAUACAGCACCGCACAUCGGAUGCCGCCAGGGAGUCCACACUUCCAAACGUGGAGAUGGACCGUGCUCGGGCAGAGCGUUACAGGAUCGAACAGAUGGCUGAAGAAGGGUCGGUUGAUCUGAAGGAGAUGCGGGUGGCCUGGAUAGACCCCCACUCACGGGAUGAAGCCAGAAGGUCCACCCUACCGCACACGGAGAUGGAUCAAGCUCAUGCAGAACGCUACAGGGUCCAGCAGUUGGCAGAGGAAGGAAGUGUGGAUAUAAAAGAACAUGCUGUAGGCACAAUCCAGCCCCACGAUUCAGAUGCAGCUCGGGAAUCUACACUACCAGACUUGGAGAUGGACCGUGCUCGAGCAGAACGUUACAGGAUCCAUCAGUUAGCCCAGGAGGGAAGCGUUGAUGUAAAAGAGCAACAUGUCAACUGGAUAGAUCCACACACAUCAGAUGCGGCAAGACGGUCCACACUUCCACACUUGGAGAUGGAUCGCGCUCAGGCAGAACGCUACAGGAUCCAGCAGUUAGCUCAAGAAGGAAAUGUUGAUGUAAAAGAACAGAAUCUCGGUACAAUCCAACCCCACACAUCGGACGCAGCCAGGAGAUCCACACUGCCACACGUGGAGAUGGGUCAGGCUCGGGCAGAACGUUACAGGAUCCAUCAGUUAGCUCAAGAGGGAAGUGUUGAUGCAAAAGAGCAACAUGUCAAUUGGAUUGAUCCACACACAUCAGAUACAGCGAGAAGGUCCACGCUUCCACAUUUGGAGAUGGAUCGCGCUCAGGCAGAACGCUACAGGAUACAACAGUUAGCCCGAGAAGGCAGUUAUGAUGUAAAAGAACAUUCAGUCGGCAUAAUACAGCCUGAUACAUCAGAUGCAGCAAGACGGUCCACACUUCCACACUUGGAGAUGGAUCGCGCUCAGGCAGAACGCUACAGGAUACAACAGUUAGCCCGAGAAGGAAGUUAUGAUGUAAGAGAGCAUUCAGUCGGCAUAAUACAUCCUGAUACAUCAGAUGCAGCAAGACGGUCCACACUUCCACACUUGGAGAUGGAUCGCGCUCAGGCAGAACGCUACAGGAUCCAGCAGUUAGCCCGAGAAGGAAGUUAUGAUGUAAGAGAGCAUUCAGUCGGCAUAAUACAGCCUGAUACAUCAGAUGCAGCAAGACGGUCCACACUUCCACACUUGGAGAUGGAUCGAGCCCAGGCAGAACGCUACAGGAUCCAGCAGUUGGCCCGAGAAGGAAGUUAUGAUGUAAGAGAGCAUUCAGUCGGUACAAUAUAUCCCACCACAUCGGACGCAGCCAGGAGGUCCACACUUCCACAUCUGCAGCUGGAUCAAGCCCGUGCUGAGCGCUACAGAAUUCACCAAUUGGGACGGGAAGAAGUAGUCAACACCAGGGAAGCAUAUGUUGAUCGGAUACCAUCAUCAUCGUCUCACCCUCAUCACGGUAGGAUCAUCGUUGUCGAUGGAUAUCCUGUGCACAUGAUGAGACCAAAACCAACCACGUGGAUCGAGAUCCCUGCGCCAAUGGUGCGGAAUCCUCCACGGGAGACUGUCGUCAAUUCUUCCGUGAGAAACGUCAUUGGGGUCAUUCCACCUCUGGCUACGGACGCAGCCAGGCAAGGUUCAAUACCUGCUGAGGUUCUGCAGAAGGUUCAAGAGCAACGCGUGGAGAGUCAUCAGGCGCCCACUGACGAGAGAAACGUUCACGAGAGAGUGGAAAUAACAUCAGUUAUUCCCCCUCUUCCGGCAGAUAUUGCUCACAAGGCGGAGACGCCAGCAGAGGUUUUCCGUAGGGUACACUCGCAUCACGUUCACAGUCAUCACGUGCACUCAGGACAAGAGACGAGUCUGAAUGACGUAGUGGAGCCACAAAAGCCGCUUCCUCCCCUGGAGACUCGAACAUCUAUGUGGAGGCUUGUUCCAGGGCACGAAUCAGCGACGGCCAGGUCGUCAAGCAAAGAGUCACACUACAUGCCGGAAACGGAGGUCGCCAACGGGCCCAUUCCUCCCGUCGAGAGAAUGGUGCCUUCCCAGCAGGUUGUCACGUCCGACGAGUUCCACAGGGCAGACGCCUCCACACUGCACAGUAGCUGGGUCCCAGCCGAGAUCCAGGUGGUUGGAGAACUGGACACACUCAUGCAGCAGGGAAUUAUCCGGUUCAAUCCUCUCAGCCAGAUAGUUGAAAAUGGUGCCGAUGUACAUGAUUACGACGAAAUGUUCAUGGUCAAACAACACAGCGGAAUAAGGAGAUCAUCUUCCUUACAGUAUCCAGUUAGCACGAGGCCUCCUCAGCAGGCGAACGGCUUCAAGGUAGGCCAUAUCCCCCAAGUUGGUUAUCCAACAAAGCAGUGGACUUCAGCACAGCAGCUUGCUUCAGAAUCAGUCGAAGACAGGGGUGAUGACGACUUUGACUAUGACAAGCUCAUCAGGAUGACAACAGGCGGCAAGCACGAAGUCCCAUAUGAGCAGUUGCCCAAAUCAGGAUGGUCUACCAUUGAGGUGACGGGACAGGACAACGUAGCCGAAGUACAACAAAGAUCUUUGGAAAGAAUCUACAACCGUCAAGAUUCCGUUUUCAUAGAUUACCGAAGGCCAAAGCCUAAGAGUGACAAGCCACCCUUUGCCUUCGAUUUCAGUCGUUUGAUUCACUGGACGAUUGGUGAGCAGAAUGAGAUAGAAAAGCUGCCAACACAUCCUGGUGCAAACCCGCCUCAUCUCGUUCCGAUCAACGCCAUGAGCGACGAACCACAAUACUCGUCUGCUCCGCCAUUGCAAGCAUUCCAAGGGUAUCACCAGCCCUAUGAUGGCGCGUAUGGAGACAGCCGCCAGUACAGAAGGCAGGGGUCAACAGACAGCAGCACCUCUGGACGUGUCAAACGGAGGGCACCGCAGCCCCCAGCUCAGAGGACAACUAGCCCUGUACAGCAUGUGUACACGUCACCACCUCCCUCACGGCCAGCUACUUCACCAGUGUUCCAAGAACCCGCUUCUGCGCAUGCUUUCCAUGUCCAAUCAUUGCAAAACGGCUACGUCACCCCGUCAGCUCGCCCCCUCUCCCCUCCCCAUGGCUCCAGAUCCCCAUCCAUACCCCCUCACCCCAAAGGCCCCGCUCCCCAGCCCCCAGCGACGCUUUCCCCGCCCCCAGGUACUGCAGACACCACUGUACCAAAGGCGGCCAUGGUCAACGGGAGGCAGUCUCCAUUAGAACUAUUCAACGGGAAUGACUACGUGGACCUUCGUGACAGCGAGGUCAGCUCAGUAUCAUCCUAUGGAAGUCAGAAAGGAGCUAAGGUAAAGAGGUCUUCGAAGGGAUAUUUCCCCAUCUUCCGAAGGUCCAGUAGUAAGGAAAGCUUCGGGAAGCGUCCCAGUGUCCUAGAGGACAGGUCUCCAACUGAACAGCCCAAGAGGAGGAGGUCAAAGAUACAGAUAUAAAACGGAGAGAAGAGUGGAAGGAGGACUUGUCUGGAGGAUGCAGAAUAGAAGAUGCAGUAAGAGAGUUUGGUAGCGACGUGGCAAUAUUAUUUAGUUACAUUCAUAGUAACAAUAGACGGGGGGGGGGUGAAAAUGAAUGAUAAUAUAUUGAAGCCCCACCAAGUACAAUAUGAUCUGUAACAAAAACUAACGUGUAAAUACUUACUGAGGAGCUGGGAUAUAGAACUUAACUAACUACAUGUCAAUGUUUUUACUGGGUUAGCUAUAUAAAGUAAAAGGGGAUUUAAUUGUAUAACAUGUAAACUUCUUUACACCACACAACUGUGUAUGGACUUCAAACAUUAUAUGGCUAAUGACAGUAGAUUUAACACGGCAAAGAUACUCUAUGUUUUAUGAAUGUGCGUGCUGAUGUUGAGAUCCCUAAGCCGUGUUCAGUUUGAUACUAUAAGGAGUGCUACUUGUAUAGGCAACAGAAACUGGUAGGGUUUGUGGCAAUUACUUUUUGUCAUCAUAAAACAAAACAAAAAACAACAUUUAGUGAUAUGUACAUGUAUUCCUCGGUGACUGGAUAUCACAUUUUUGUAAUCGCAUUAUAUACUAACAUAAUGUAAAUGAAAGUUAUACUGUAGGUAGCCUCUAGCUGGGUAUGCUGUCAGUAGUUCCCAUCAUCUCAAUAGCGGUUUGUAACUGUUAUCAAGGAAGCUCAGUAUAUUUUGUUCCGUUCUUUCAAACCAUUGUAGUGCCCAGUGUCAGAUAGGGCGGCACGUUUCCUUGCAGUUGCAGUAGCAGAGUGUAUAUUUUAGGGAGAGGGGAUGCUAGCCUGAAACGUACUCGAGGCGUCUUCAAAGAUUGACAAAGGUUACUUCGUAUCCCGAGAAAAUGUAGACCCGUAGCGUAGUAACUAAAACAUGAACUGUCAUAUCCACAUCCACUGGGUAUUUAGUUAUAAUUACUUCAGUACCGUAGGUUCAUCUUCUAUCUCAUUACUGUCGUAAUCGUUAUUCUAGCAAAAACAACACUGACAUAUGGAAUUUUCGUAUUCAUGGUUGCUCUAAUUGAAACCUGUAUAUGUUUGUAGUCUAGGUUUCACUAUAUCAUGGGUAAUUGCAUGCAUGGGGCAUUACGGUACUUUUAUAUCCUGCACUUGGUGUCAAACCUAGCAUAUACAGAGUAUACCUCAUAAUUAUAACUUGACUUAUAUGUCAGGUUUCUAUCUAUUGUAUGAUAUGGCUUGUUAUAAUUAGUCAUGAACAAGAAGAUAACAAGAAGAUACAAGUAAUUUAACCAAUUGUGCAACCUUACGGUACAACCAUACGGUGAGACAUUGUAACUAUAUUCUGCAGGGUUGUAUUCUAAUAUAACAAUUGACCUAU